UAAGGGACAAACUGGUUGAACAGCAACAGCAGAGCAGCAGCUCCGGUGGUCUAGGUUUUGCAAAUCCGGCGACCCUGCGAGUUUCUUCACCGGAAAGUUUAGAAAAUCGAUCAAUUUACACGAUGGACGAUAUGGGUGCUGCUUAUUAUCCUCCCCCUUCCGGCGUUCCUCACAAUUCUCACUAUCCUUAUUACCAACCACCGCUACAGUCCACGCUUCUGACUUCGCAUCCCCUGCCACCGGCGGUUCCUCAUCAGCCAUCACAAGUAAUAAUCCCCCAUCAAUAUUUCCCUCACCAACCUCCGCCUUACUCAAUCUACACGCCUCCGUCUUAUCUUCAAUCUUCGCACGACCAAGUCCGCACCCUCUUUGUGGCUGGUCUACCGGAGGACGUCAAACCUCGCGAAAUUUACAACCUUUUUCGAGAAUUCCCAGGUUACGAAACGUCACAUCUCCGACCUGCUACCUCUAGUAAUCAGCCAUUUGCUUUUGUUGUCUUUCUGGAUCAGCAGUCGGCAGUUACAGCUUUGACUGAGCUGAAUGGAAUGGUGUUUGACCUAGAGAAAGAGUCCACUUUACACAUUGAUCUCGCAAAAUCAAACCCCAGAUCGAAAAGAACAAGAAUUGAUAAUGAGAAUCUGGGUUCAGAAAAGAGAUUUAAGGGCUCUGCAGUCUCCAGAAGCUUUCAUGAUAUUGGUGUUGGCAGCCUUCACAUGUCUGGUGGAAUGAGUAAUCCUUCACACAACACUAUUGGUUAUCCAUCUACACAAAGUCAAGCGAACUUUCCUAGUAGAGGCAUAAAUGAAGCCCUUGCAGCAAAAGCGAAUCCAGCAUUUCAUAUUACACAAAAGGCUGCCCCUUGCCCAACACUCUUUGUGGCUAGUCUGGGACCAACUUGUAUAGAGCAUGAACUAAUUGAUUUAUUUUCAAGAUGCGCAGGGUUUUUGAAAUUGAAGAUGCAAGACACUUAUGGUUCACCGGUUGCAUUUGUUGAUUUUCAGGACACUGCUUGUUCAACCGAGGCACUAAAUCAAUUGCGAGGCACUAUACUAUAUUCAUCCCUACCUGGCGAACCCAUCCGAUUAGAGUAUGCUAGAUCAAGAAUGGGAAUGCGCAGUAAGAAGUCCAAUUAAACGACCCUUGACAAUGUCAGUCUUUGCCUGUCUUAAUACAGAGAUUCAUAGUUGUGAUAUCUUAAUGGAAAGAGCCUUGGCUGUUUGGUAUAGGAUCUCUCCUCUUAUGGAAAUGCUCUUUCCUUGUUUUUGGAUCCUAAUAAUCAAUUAGGAGCACUUUUAGCUUACUAUUGUGAAUUGACUUUUAGCUUACUAUUGUGAAUUGACUAUGAAUCUGACUGUUGUUUGUUGUAUUGAAGUAAGUUUUGAAAACUAGUUUA